AUAUAUCUUUUUUUCUCCCUUUCACACUGCAAAAUAAAAACCACAUACUUUGACCUCUCACCUCCUCCCCCCAUGACUACCCCACUCUUGAUAUUUUCCAGAUGAUGAAACAACAAAAAAGCUAAACAACAAUCCCUUUCUUCUUCUCCUCACACACUCUCUCUCUUCCUAUUUCACUUGACAAACCCUAAUAUAAUCUCUCUCUCUCUUUCACUCCAAACAGAGUAAGUUUGUGUUUACACAAAACCUCCUCUUGUUUGUGAAUUUACGUAUAUAAAUAUAUUUCUCUUUCGGUUCUUCGAAAGACAAAAUAAGUAAAAGUGAGGCAAAGCAAAAGCACACUAGUGUACGAAUUGUUCAGAUCCAAUAUUUUUCUGAAGAAAGAAAACUAUCUUUUUCUUUCCAUCCAUAAUUUUAACCACACUCCAUAAACACCCCUUUCUCAUGUUUUUUUCUUUUGUCCCAUACCCAUUCUCUGAACCAUGAGGUAUGUGCAAUAAUCAAAACAUAACCAAAAAAGCUAAAUCAAUUUUCUCUCUUCACUCACGUCUUUCCAUUUUCUACUCUCAAUGGAUUCUGGUAAUAGUGGUAGUAUGCAAUCAUCAAGUUGUGGUGAUGAAAUCAAUAAUAAUAAUAAUAACAACAAUGAAGAGUAUGAUUCACGCGCCGAAUCAAAUUUCUCUUCGUUUUUAAACAAUCCAUUACCAACACAACCAUACACAAACCCACGCGCCUCUUCUUCUUCUUCUUCUCUACCACAACAAAUGUUCGAUCCAUUAUCAAAUUAUUACAUGGAUUCAUUACAAAAAUCACCACCACCAAACCAAAACUCAUUUCUAAACCUUGAUAUGGUUUGGUCCAAAGCUACAACUAGAUCUGAACCAAACAACGCCGAUCUUAUAAGCUCUUCUCAACAGAACCAAGCUUUUCUUUUAAGUCAAUUAACUGGUCAAACAAGAAUCGACGUUGCUGCUUCUCUUCCAACCACACACCAAUCUCUACGUGGAGGAUCACUCACCAAUGAUCAACAAACUCUUAACAACAACAAUAACAACAACAACAGCAACAACAACGUGGUUCGAAAUCCUAAGAAAAGAUCAAGAGCUUCAAGGCGUGCACCAACAACGGUUCUCACAACAGAUACAACAAAUUUCAGAGCUAUGGUUCAAGAAUUCACUGGUAUUCCGGCCCCACCAUUUUCUUCACCUUUUCCAAGAACAAGGUUGGAUCUUUUUGGUUCUUCAAGAUCUGUUUCAAUGGAAUCUCAUCAACAACAACCACCGCCUUAUCUUCUUCGUCCUUUUGCGCAGAAAAUUCAACCACUUCAUCAUUCAUUUUCUUCUUUUCAACCUUCUUCAUCCAUGGUGGAAAAUAGUACUUGUACUAAUUCACCAUCCAUUAAUUAUCAUUUGUUACAGCAACAGCAAAAUCCUCUGAACAUGCAUAACCAAAUUCUCGGUUUUCAAUCCAAUAAUAUUAAUUCUCAAACACACCCAAAAUAUCAACUUGGGUCGCUUUCCAAUAAAACAACUUUGGAAAUCACGCCCAAUGUUGAUUCACAUAUGAAAAUGAGUGUUUUUGAAGAAUUGGGAUUGAGUCACACUCAUGCGCAUGUUAGCAACAACAACAACAUUGGUGUUGUUCAUCAACAGAACAUGAUUCCAGCAUCAUCAUCGGAUGGAGUAAACAACAACAUGCGUAAUAUUCCUAAUUCAGAGGACCGUGGAGGAAUUAAUUACAGAAAUGACAUUGAAGAACGAGAAUCAAAUGGCAAAGGAUCGGAAUGUGUUGGUGUGGCUACAAGAGGUGAAGGUACGGUCGAAUCAUGGAUUAAUUGUUCUUCUCAUUAAUUAAAUUAAUUAAUUAAUGGGAAAAUAAUUAAAAACAAGGUAGCUUCGUAGAAUUCGUACAUAUAAUUUCAUACUACAGUUUAAAGCAACUCAUGAUGCUGCUGGUGUAGUACAAUUCUAAUACAUGAAACUCGGAAUCUUGGUAUCUUAUUCAUAAAACAUGACCAUCAAAUUAAUUCAACACUUAAUUUUUUUCUUUGAGCAUUUAGAAUUAUGCGUAAAUAAUAUUAGUAGCUAGCUUGUUUCAUUUUCCCUUUCUCUACUCUUAUUUUUUCCUUCAAUAUUUGAUUUUCGCUUUUAAUUAUCAUAUAUAUAGCAAUAUACAAAAGAAUCUUGGAGUUUCAAUGUUUAUUACAUUAUUUGUAACUUUGAUAUACUAGAGCUUUAUAUCAAUGGCACCGAUUUGUUUCAUCAUGAUUCUUUAUACGAAGAAUUUGGAAUUUGACUAUA